GACUCGUUCGCUUCCUUGUUUAACUUCUGCUGUUGGCAGUUUUUGUCAGCAACUCCCCAGGAACUUCGGUAACCGCUAACGUUACAUGGUCGACAUGGCGACCGACAAAAUAACGCGACGUUUUCUUAAAAAUAGAUGAAGAUAUCCACUAUUCUUUGAAGCAAGUGUUUUGUGUCACACCAUGUGAUGACCAUCCACAAAACGUCCGGCAUAUAAAGGAAUCUAAUGGAUAUUUUUGAUUCCAGUGGAAUCUAAUUUUCUUUCUUUGUAAAACAAACAGAAAAGGAUACAAAUCAGAGUCACUUGAGCCAACUUAGGCCGUUCUCCUUGACUCAGAUAAAAAUAAUAAUAAUAAAAAAAGAUUUCCCCCCAUUUUUUACAUGUAGACCACGCCUGUUACAAUGCCAGUGCAAGCCCCACAAUGGACAGAAUUUUUGUUGUGUCCAAUAUGUACACAAACAUUCGAAGAGACAGUGCGGAGGCCCAUCAGCUUGGGCUGUGGCCACACUGUCUGCAAGAUGUGCCUGAACAAGCUGCACCGAAAAGCCUGUCCCUUCGAUCAGACUGCUAUCAAUACAGACAUCGAGCAGCUGCCAGUCAACUCGGCCCUGCUUCAACUGGUGGGGGGUCAGGUGCCAAAACUGCAGCCUGUGGCCCUUAUUACUGACCCAGAGGACACCAAGCACUAUGAUGAGGCUCGACAAUGCGUUGAGGAACUGGCCCUCUACCUCAAACCCCUCAGCAGCAUCAGAGGAGUGGGCCUCAGUAAUGCAGCCCAGAGCAUGCUUAGCCGGCCCAUGCAGCGGAAACUGGUGACGCUGGUGCACUGUCAGCUGGUGGAGGAGGAGGGCCGAGUCAGGGCCAUGCGAGCGGCCCGUUCUCUGGGGGAGAGGACCGUCACAGAGCUCAUCCUCCAGCACCAGAACCCCCAGCAGCUCUCCUCCAACCUCUGGGCUGCUGUGCGUGCCCGUGGCUGUCAGUUCCUGGGUCCAGCCAUGCAGGAGGAAGCCCUGAAGCUAGUCCUAUUGGCACUAGAGGAUGGCUCAGCCCUGUCCAGGAAAGUUCUGGUUCUGUUUGUGGUCCAGAGACUGGAGCCCCGAUUCCCCCAGGCAUCAAAGACCAGCAUCGGUCAUGUGGUUCAGCUGCUCUACAGAGCUUCCUGCUUUAAGGUUACAAAGCGUGAUGAGGACUCAUCGCUAAUGCAGUUGAAGGAGGAGUUCCGCACGUAUGAGGCGCUGCGUCGUGAGCACGACUCCCAGAUCGUGCAGAUCGCCAUGGAGGGGGGGCUUCGCAUUGCCCCUGACCAGUGGUCCUCCUUGCUCUAUGGGGACCAGUCCCACAAGUCCCACAUGCAGUCCAUCAUCGACAAGCUGCAGACGCCAGCUUCGUUUGCUCAGAGUGUGCAGGAGUUGACCAUCGCACUGCAGAGGACGGGCGAUCCGGCCAACCUUAACCGGCUCAGACCUCAUCUAGAGCUGCUAGCCAAUAUUGACCCCAGUCCAGAUGCCCCACCACCCACCUGGGAACAGCUGGAGAAGGGCCUGGUUGCUGUGAAGACAGUCGUGCAUGGCCUGGUGGACUUCAUCCAGAAUCACAGCAAGAAGGGAACAGAUCAGCAACAGCCCCCGCAGCACAGCAAGUAUAAGACGUACAUGUGCCGUGACAUGAAGCAGAAAGGGGGCUGUCCCAGGGGAGCCAGCUGCACCUUCGCCCACUCACAGGAGGAGCUGGAGAAGUACCGGAAGAUGAACAAGCGCUUGGCAGCUCGUCUACCGGGUGUAUUGUUACCAGAUGAUGGGGUUCCCCUGGAAGCUGUGCCCCGCAAACCUUCCCCCCUCACCAACGGGAUUGUGGCCGCCGGCUCUGGGGCGCAGAUGCCACAGCUAGUCGCCCGCGGUGCCGACCCCACCUAUGAUCUGCGGAAGCCCAAACUGGACUCCUCAAGCAUGAGCGCCCCAGGCUCACCACCGGACUCGAUUCCAUCAGAUCACCUCCCUAUGCCCAAGCAGAUGGCGGUGGUGCCCAGAGCACAGAUGUAUCCCCAGCAGCAGCCCGAGAUGUUCUACCCAGAGACCAGACCUCCACCGUCAGGCUCUCAGUACGACGGCCCUCCAUACCAAACAGGCAACCCCUACCCCUACCAAGCCCCUCCGUAUGUCCAGAGGUACAUACGAAACCCGCCGCCUCCCAACGAGUCCUCUGUGCCCCCCUAUCAGGAGUCGUACCCCAGCUAUGUUCCCGAGCGACAGUACCCUGCCCAUUCGGGGCCUGCCUUCUCCCAAGGGUUCCCACCUCAGCCCCACUACGACAGCCGCCGACACACACCCUACCCUGGACACCCCCCUCCCCAGUCCUAUGCCCCUCCCCGGGAUGAGAUCAGGAUGAGCCCCGUGCCCGUGGAUGUGCCCCCUGCACCCAUGCCCCCACCCCCUGCGGGUGCUGCUGGUUCCCUCUACCACCCUGACCCUCGGGAAAGAUAUCCACCGGAGGGGUACCCUCCCCAUGGACCCCAUCCCGGCCAUAUGAGGCCCUAUGUGAGGGACCCUUAUAGCCGCUCCCAGCCCAGCCUAGACUACUUACACCGCCGACGCAAAGAGAUCAUGGCUCAGCUGGAGGAGAGGAAGGUCAUCUCUCCCCCGCCCUUUGCAGCCUCCCCCACACUUCCCCACAACUUUCCUAACGACUACCCACAGGAGUAUCUUGAAGAGAGCUCCAAAGCCUUUGGAAAGGGCCGUGAGCAAGACUACGCAGGGCAGUAUUCGCCCUGGUCGUGUGACACCAUAGGAUCCUACAUCGGCAGCAAGGAUGCCAAGUCUAAAGACCUCAUGGGUGGCGUGGAGAUGAUGAAUGUGGAAGGGAAAGGUCUGCGAGACCCUCCCCUGGAAGCUCAGCGGCGCUCCGCAGACGCCAAAGACGACGAUCCCAUCAUCCCCUUUGGCUCGUUGCCCACCGUCUCACGCUUUGGCGCAAUUUCACGCACCUCUAAAACGGGCUACCAGACCACUGGCCCCGUGCAAGCCAUGGCAUCAUCACAAGGAUCGGGACCCAAGCACAUGACCACAGCAGCGGAGUACUCCUACGGGAACCACCCUGCCUGGGGUGGAGCAUCCUACCCUCAACAACACCAGAACAUGACCGCUCAGGGACACUUCAGUGAACGCCUGCCCAUGCCCCCUCCUGACAGAGACCAGCUGAAGAUGGAGCUGCAACAGGUCAACCAGCAGAUCAGUCAGCAGACACAGGCUGCCAGUAACUCUCUGCUCUUGCAGAGGGAGGCCAGCGCCAUGGCUGCUCAGCCUGCGGGAGGCAAGUGGCCAGCAGGAGGCGCCGUGUCCAGUGAGCAGCUCAGUCUGGAGCUCUGCCAUGUGGAGCGAGAGAUUGGCAAGAGGACCCGAGAGAUGGCCAUGGAGAAUCAGGUGGCUCACGAGUACAAAAUGAAGGCCAGUGAGAAUGGCCAGGCAGAGCGUAAAGCCCAGCUGGAUGAGCUGUCCCUUGCCCUGGGUGAGGUUUCAAAUGGAUCCAGCAGCAUUGUGUCGGAGGCCAGCGCCACCAUGCUGUCCCUGAGCAGUAAAACAUCAUCGCUCAGUCUGUGCUCGGCUGACCCCACCCCAGCCAGCGGUGCAGACCACCAGAAGAACGGUGUGGUCCACUCCUGCUCGUAGACCACACACACGUACACACGGAUCCACUCUUCGGGCUGCUUUUCCUCCACAGAGUUGAGCGGUAUAGGGCCAGAUAAAGCAGUCUUGACUGUGUCAGGACCACUGUGUAAUGGCCCAACGUAAAAUCGCCAGUUGCCAGCUACUCUGUUUAGAAAAAAAAAGGGAGUGCAGCUUUAAGGAUGAGUGUAGGUGGUUACACAUUGAGGAACAUCAUGUUUCCGGUGUAGACACACGCAUACAAACACACUCACACACUCACACACAUACACACACACACACACAGUGCAUGCUGUUGUGCAUGCAAGCACACACAUGCGCAUACACACACACACACACACCCUCACAAACUCUUCUUUGUUUUAUUUAGAAGAUGAGCAGUAUCUGCCGUGAUAAUUUUUCUUUCCUUUUUGUUCUGUGAAUGAGCUUUUUUGUUUGUUUUAAAUGACUUGUCAUUGCCUGGAAACCAGAGCAUCUGAUUAUGCAUCCUUAAGAAAAAUAUUACUCAAAGAGGAAAGGCAAACCAAAAGAGCGUAGAAACUGCUAAAGAGGAGUGCAAUUUCCUAGUCAAGAUGACGAUGGUGAGUUACUAGACAACUAGAGCGAUGUUCUCUGCCUUCACCGCUUCAUUCUGGUGAGCGUUAUAGCCCUCUUCAGCCAUCUUGCGUUCCUGAUACUCUCCGUCUUCUGAGUAGUGACACAACAGAGGUGAUGUGAUUUGUGCUUGUAGGCGAAGCGACCCUUAAGAGACGUGCAGAUUCACUGUGAGGACAACCUGACCAGCCAGCCAUGUUGUAGCAUAGGAACAGAAAACCCUCCGGUCAUUCCAUUAUUGAAUGGACCUACAUGUGAAAUGGAAGAAUCUAUAAUAUUCUAGCAAUAUUUAGAGAGAAUGGGUCUUAAUUUGCAGUGAGAGUGUGUUUAAGAGACCAAAUGUAACUGAAUUCAGGUCCUGAUGAACAUGGGGAGGAGAGCAGGAAAGCCACGAAGUCAGUCAUGUAUUCUAUUAUGUGCAGUCUGUGCUCAGUGGUCUGACUGUUGGGCAGUUUUGAAAAUGGACAUAUUUUUUAGACAUUUUGGUAAUACUUUGUGCUCUGUUUUAAAGAGUGCAAAUUGAGACUUUUUUUGUUUUUUUUCCUUUAGCACGUUUCCCUCAAGUGCAUACAGAUAGAGAUUUUUCUGGGGUAUUUUUAUGAUGGAAUCCCUGUGUUGCUCAGGUUGGAAUUCUGUGGUUCAGGUCAGACUAUGUAUGUUGGCGCAGUGUGCGGUCGCCUCUUCCCUGGUAUGUCUGGAAUGCCAUGGUUUGGUAGAAUAUGGUCUGUUUGGAAACAUUCUCACCUGUCUCCCUUAACUUCUAUGAAGUUGCAUUCUCAGUCCUCCUGGUCAGGUGUGCCAGCCCAGGUCUCUCACAUCACCUCUGCACUGAACUCAAUAGGGGGGGCGUUUCUACAACAUGUUGGUCACCUGCUGAAUAGCGGUGACCAGAAUCACAUCAAUAUAAUUUCCCGCUUAUUUGAAAGUGAAGCACAUGAAUUGAACAUAGGUUGUUGUUUAUUUGUGAGUUUCAAUGACAAUUGACUCGCUGUAGAUAUACCGAGUGAAAUUGUAUCUCUUUCCACCUUGCAUCGACCUUGUGUAUUUUUUACACCUGUUUAUUCACUGACUGUUUAAUGAGGCCAGCUUGGGUCGAUUUACUUAAAGAUCACAACUAGCUGAAGUCUUCCUUGAGUGAUGACCUUCAUGUGACCUAAAUUUUUUAGUCUCUUGAGACCGAUGGAUAAUAAGCUCCUUUUCGGACGCAAAACUUGGAAGAGUGUGAUGUGUUAUUUUCUUGUCAUUUUGUUGUAUCAAAGUCACAGCUAGUAGGCUAUCUUUAUGGUGACUUGUUAUCAUGUUUAUUGUCCUAAGCUCUUACCAGAGCACAUAGCCCUUCAGACCAUCUCUAAAUUGAGAGUACCGCACAGGCAUGAAAAUAUUACUUAACUCCAUAAACCUUUUUCGGAAACUGUCAUGUCAGGGUUUGCCUUGUAUACUUGGGUCAGGCGACACAGUAGCCAUCCCUGAACAUCCACCAUGUAAACCCACCCCUCUGCCUGUAGUUGGUCUUCAAAUUCUCUUGGCUUUGCGGUUAUGCUCUCUUGCCGGAUGCCAGAAUCCCCUGGCCCUUUCCUUGCCUCUACUGAAAGGAGCCUCCAGGGGCAUCUGGCUUCCUAAAGCCGUGGCCGUCACCUGUGGGAAAGACAAGCCCCGCCCUCUCUUCUGCCUCUUCACCUGUAGCCUCCAAGGCUUUGCUGUAUUUGAUGUGUAGGUACAUACACUUUUAUAUACAUACAUAUAAAGAUAUACUUAGCACUAUUACGUGCCACCUCUUAAUCCACUCGAUCAGCAUUUAUAUUAAAUGAUCUCUACACAAAAUCAGCUUACAUGUUUUUUCUGGUUGCAAAAACACAAAGCUUAUCCUUUCUCAGUCAAAGGAGUCUUGUGCCAGGAUGACAUGAUGUGCUCACUUAACUUGUUUUGUGUUCAAACAAAAAAAAAGACAAAACAGAAAAAAAAAAAAUUACGUCGAUAUGUACACUUCACUAGAAGGUAGCUUGAUGGAAGAACGUAGAUUAAAAAGGCGAUGUCGAGUUUAACUGUUAGUGAAUCACAUGGCUAACUUGACCUCGUCUUUUGAGCGGCGUGGCAGGUAGAGGUGUUUUUACAUCACAGACUUAGGGCUGGGCAUUUUCUGCCUGUAUUAGGAGGCUAAUGUGGAGUCUCUGCUGGAGAAGCAUCCUUGUUGCAUAUUAGUGUUGGAGACUUGCAUGUCUGCUCUUGACUGCAUGCAGUAUUUCCUCAUGGCAGUCAUGUUGAUCUCUCUUGCCAAACUGAGAACAUUGAAGAGCUCAAUGGGCAUGUCCUCCGAUUUCUUUUUCCUCUUUGUUUCGGGUUUUGCAUCACUGUCGUUCAGCAAAAGCAGUAGCAUGAUUAGCUUUCAGUGGUUUAGGUAAAUUUUGGCUAGAACGGUUAAAGAAAAAAAAAAAAACCUUCACAGAGCCCCUGAUUACAUACCAGCGUCUUGCUGGUGGUAGGGUCCUCUGUGUUGUUGUGUUGGGUGACCCGCUCUUCACCGCAGUGAACAUUUUCAAAUGGAGCGCUAUCUGGACAUAAUGCUUUUACUUUUGUUUUAAACUCUCGUUUAUGUGGGAACGUGCUAUCUGUAUGUAUCUGUUGGCAAAUUGCCAUUUGCUUGGGUGCCUAGUUUUGUUUCUUAUCUUGUUAACAUCAGUGAUCUCACUGAGUAAUUAUACUUGCUGUGAUUUGUAUGUUGUUUUACAAAUUAAAUUAUGUUGACCAUCUUCAAGUAGCAUCAGAAAAGAAGUAGAAGACCCAGUACAAUGCACACAAUGUUAACAGCUUUGUGCAUGUUUUUGCUGUAGAGACCAAUUGAUAACAUGGUUUCUCUGGUGAUGGGUUAGUUUCAAAUGGAUGAUAUUCAUUUCUUUCCUUGGAUGUUGUUUGUUUUGAGCGAACCUGGUGAAAUCACACAUUGCAGAUAAAUGAACUCAUCCGCACCCAGUAACACUUAUAUGGCUGUGUUGAUUUUCAGUUUAUUCCUAACUUUGGGAAAUGUAAUGGCUUUUUUAAUGAUUACUACAAAGUUGUCUUGAUAAAAAUAUCUCUUAAAUUAAGGUACAGGUUUGAUUUCAACAAGGAAAGAUUUUUAUAUAUAAAUAUAUAUUAUACUCCAUUAAGGAAUGUUUAGAACCAUCUUACUCCAAUGUGGAUGUAGCCAUUAUUACGCCAUUUUAUGACUUUGUAAAAGAAUUCACUGUGUGAAAAUUGGUUUGCAUUUUUGUAUAAUACAAUCUGCUUUUUGUUAGAGGAGAGGCUGGCUAAACAGGAUGUUUGGAGACAUGAAAAAACCUGUGACUUUAAGAAGAAAAUGUAACUUGUGUAAAACAGUGAUUCUAAACCAAGAUGGAUGGAUUAAAUGAUAUUGGUAACACUG